UCUUCAGUUGCCAUGGCUCUGAAAGUAGUCUCCAUCCUUCAUUUCCUACCCUUCGUGUUUGCACUGUUACCUAUAACUAGUAUCCCCAUCAAUCUCACUUAUCCGGCAGUUUUUAACUUCGGUGAUUCGAAUUCAGACACCGGAGGCCUUCAAGCAGGAGUCGGUUUUCCCAUUAAACGCUUUUGCAAUGGCUAUUUGAUCAUAGACUAUUUUGUGACUGCAAUGGACCUACCCUAUCUGAAUCCUUACUUGGAUUCAGUUGGUGCACCAAGCUUCCAAACAGGAUGUAAUUUUGCAACCGGGGGAGCUACCAUUCUUCCAGCCAAAGCAUCUUCAACAAAUCCAUUUUCCUUCGGAGUUCAGGUUGCUCAAUUUGUCCGAUUCAAGGCUCGAGUUCUUGAGUUACUGGGUGAGAAAGACAAGAAGCUUCAACCAGUCCUCCCAUAUGAAGAUUAUUUCAAGCAAGGCCUUUACACUUUUGAUGUGGGACAGAAUGAUCUUGAUGGUGCAUUUUCUUCCAAAUCAGAAGACCAAGUUGUUGCUUCAAUUCCAGCUAUUCUAACAGAACUCGAGACUGGAUUUGAGAAACUAUACAAUCAGGGGGCUAGGAAUUUUUGGAUCCAUAAUACAGGUCCACUAGGAUGCCUACCCAGAAUUAUAGCAACAUUUGGGAAAGAUCCAUCAAAUUUGAACCAGGUUGGAUGUGUUGCUUCACAUAACCGUGCUGCUACUGCUUUCAAUGAACAACUACAUGAUCUUUGCUUGAAGUUUAAGAAAAACUUCCCUGAAGCUAAUGUUACUUAUGUUGACAUCUUCACCAUAAAGUUGGACCUCAUCACAAACUAUGCUCAAUAUGGUUUCAAACAAGGCAUAGCAGCUUGCUGUGGGUAUGGUGGUCCGCCAUUAAAUUUUGAUAACCGGAUAGCUUGUGGCCAAACCAAGAAUCUAAAUGGGACUGUGGUCACUGCAACACCAUGCAGUAAUCCAGCUGAGUAUGUGAAUUGGGAUGGUAAUCAUUAUACAGAAGCUGCAAAUCAAUACGUGUCCUCGCAGAUAUUAACAGGAAACUACUCAGACUACUUGAACUCUUCGAUUGGAAGCAAAAUUUCUUAUGGGAAUCCAAACCUUGAGUAGCAUAUAUGUAACACUCAAAAACAAUGUAAUAAGUAAUCAAUUCAAAUGAUCAAAUUAUCAAUACAGUACAUUUAUGUAUAGGACACAGCUACACUCACUAGUGAAGUAAUACACAAUAAGCAUACUAUUUUGAAACGGUUGAUUUCUCUUACAUUGAACAAAAGAGUUUAGAUAGUAACAAUGUAGAGGAAGAAGAGCACAAACUUUUAUCAUGUAACAGACUAGCAUGAUAACAAUUCACAAUUUCACAUCCUACAUGAUAUACUACUACUACCGGCUGACUGAUCACUAGCCAGAGCGCUCUCAAGAUCACCGGAGCUUAGGUUCACAUCAAUUGUCAUACUUUUGUUAAAUCAGAUUACAAUUUCUUUUGAAAGAUGGGUUCUUCAAUGUAUCGAAUUGAAGUACACCACCCCAAGCCUAUCCGGUCAGCAUAUCUUUAACAACUGACAACUUUAUCUCUCAUGAACACAAGUUCAUUUCUUGCUGAUAGCGGUACGAUAGUGUCCCUCAGCUCAUGCACUGCCCUAGAUAGCCAAACUAACCCAAACCCAACCCCAGUGUUCAAAAGUGUAGAUGCAUAGAAGGUUACCCUCCCACAAGCUACUUUAAAGACGACAGAUAAAAGGACAGCCAAGCCUAGUCCAGGAAUACUGGCAGAAAACUGUGUCAGGAGCUGAGGAAGCUUAGUGCCAGAUUUUUGAAGUGAAUGAAUCGCCGAUUCCCCAUGAUUCUUUCUGUCCAUUAUUAAAGAUAGAAGGCUCUCACAGGUGUGAAAAUAGUUCCUAGUGUAUAGAUCUCCCCCUCUGCCUACCUUUUCACCUUUCUUCUGCUAUGGCAUGACGUUGUCUUGAUUCUUUCAGGA